CCUCUGAUUGCUCAGUUACUUGCCGGACGGCUGAAGCUGAACCUCGAGCUGCUCACAAAAGGUAUAUAGUUCUAUUUUGGCUUACCGGUGACAGAGACCUCAGCGGUUAAAUCAGAGGCUUAAUGGAUGACGGUCGUUCGUUGUUUCUGGCGGAUGCCUCCUCGCUAUUUCAGUCGAAUCACCACAACCUUAUAACUACCCAUUCAUACUUCUUACGUACCUUAGAUACUCUAAUACCAUAUAAUCUUCGCAAGCUCCAGACUGACCACUCCGAUCAAAAAUCCGACUCAACAACAAUGAGACUAAUGGCAGUUUCCCUAUCGCUCAUCAGCAUCCUCUCUUCCCUUGUCGCCCCAACCGCAGCUCAGUUCCUCUGCACCCCGGGUAUCGCGACUCCGGUCAGCAGCGGCGCCGGCGGAAAUCCCGACCUCUACUCGCAAAUCGCCGAGACGGGCUGCAAGGUCGCCGGGACAUGCAAGCAUAAACGUGACGAUUCGCUCCCGCCGCAGUCCACCAAAACCCACCACCAUUCGGGACGACCACCACCACCACCACUGCCAGCACCAUCACAACGCCUUGGAGGACAACAGCAGCCUGAGAUCCGAGUCUCUCCCCGCCAGGGUGUCUCGGUCAGCUGUCCCAGCGCCGGCUUCGACUGCUACUAUGCCAUCGAAAUGGGCGGGCUCUUCUGCCUGAGCAUGAACGGCGAUCUCGUCACCGAGGAUGGCCUGUGCGGAAACCUGCUGACGGGGAUGCAGUACGCUUGCGGUGGACAGCAGCAGCAGCAGGCAGGAGGAGGAGGUGGUGGGUCGGGGGGGGAGUCUGCUGGUUCUUCUGGUACUGCUGCUGGUUCCGGUGGCGGCACGGGUGAUGCAGGAUCCGGCGGGGCGGCGGGUUCGGGGUUGGGGGGUAGCAGGGGGAGGCCGAAUCAAGGGAGCAGAAUGGGGUUGGAACGCAGGUUCCAGUUCUGGGUCAUAGCUGUGCUGGUGAUGACACUUUUGGUUCUCUAAGGGGGUGGAGUGGCAGACGAUUAAAGAGGCAAUCUACAACUGCUUGGGAUAGCCGUACUAUGCGUUAAGGGGUCUUGUUUCUUUCUGUUCACAUGUUGCUCAGAUAUUCAACGCAUUGCGCCAAGAAUGAUAAAUGCCCCUAUCCCAUUAGAAUGAAAGCGGACGACACC